CAUUGUGGGUAGGACGUCAGGGCGUCCAUGUCUGUAUUUUACUGCUGCUGAAGGAGAGAAACGGGAGUCAUGAAAGGGAUCCGAACUCUAAAUAAAUUCUCCAUACGAUGCUAUGCAGCCAGGAGGAGUGAUGUCCUCACUGAGCCCUUGGCUGGCCUGAAGGCUGGGGCGGCCCUGCCCCCCCAGAAUGUACAGGUGUCCAAGCUGCCCAACGGUCUAGUGAUUGCGUCGUUGGAGAACUACUCUCCCGUGUCCAGUGUGGGUGUGUUUGUGAAAGCAGGCACUCGUUAUGAGACUGUGGAGAACCAGGGAGUCAGUCAUGUCCUGCGGUUGGCAGCCAACCUGACUACUAAGGGAGCGUCUGCGUUCAGGAUCUGUCGUGGUGUGGAGGCAGUGGGGGGUAGUCUGAGCGUAACGUCAUCGAGGGAGACCAUGGUUUACUCUGUGGAGUGUUUGAGAGACCACUUAGACACAGUGAUGGAGUACCUGAUCAACGUGACCACGACCCCAGAGUUCCGGCCAUGGGAGGUGGACGACCUGACCUCCAGGGUCAAGGUAGACCGGGCCCUGGCCCACCAGUGUUCACAGAUAGGUGUCAUUGAGAAGUUGCAUGAAGCUGCUUACAAAAACGCUCUAUCCAACUCCCUGUACUGUCCUGACUACAUGGUUGGCAAAGUCAGUGGUGAACAGCUGCAGUCCUUUGUCCAGAACAAUUUCACCAGUGCCAGAAUGGCUCUUGUAGGACUAGGUGAGUGUGUCUGGCUGUUAGUCUUUUUGAUCCAAUG